AUGAUGGUCUCCAAUAUCAUGGUAAUCAAUGAUUUGACUGCUUCACGGAUCGAUGGGGCACGAUGUUCGGCCAAGGUUCUCGAUGGUAUGUGCUCAAAAAUGGCCUCUUCAAGUACGUCUUGUACCUCCGCUCCAUUAGAGACGGCGGCCAGCUCGGAGGAUUCUGGAGACAGUUGUCCCGCCACUCCGCAUUUCAAGUGUGCCCCUCAUCCGUUUGCUACAGUAUUCGGGCAGUUCUACGCUGCUGAUGAUUUUGAUGUCCUAGAAAUGUUGGGCGAAGGUUUCUUCAGCAAAGUUUCGAAGGUUCGCCUGCGAUCAACCGGUGAAGAAAUGGUAUUGAAGAAAGCAAAAAGUAAUGGAACCGCAGAACAUAGACGUGCUGUUCAUGCUGAUGCCGCUCGUGAAGCAGCUAUGUUACAUCGCCUUUCCCAUGAGAACAUACUCGCGUUGCGGGGCGUUUGUAUACAAGUUGCUGAAGAUGGUUGCUGGGAUAUGCAUUUAUUAGUAGACUACUGUGAAGGUGGAAGUCUAUCACGGUUGAUUCUUGACCACUCGACUCCGUUCCCGUGGUGUCAAAGAGUUCGCUACGCAUUAGACAUUGCCUUAGCGAUGCAAUACAUACAUGCUCAUAAAAUAAUUCAUCGUGACCUUACGAGUAUGAACGUUCUUUUGCAAACAUCUCACGAAAGUUCGGUCUGGGGUCGAGCAGUUGUUGCCGAUUUUGGAUUGUCAUGUCGAUUUCCAAGACGUGGAGAGAAGCUACCUCAAGUUGGAACUACUUACUUCAUGAGCCCCGAGUGUCUCAAAGAGGAAUACUAUGAUGGAAAGUCGGAUGUGUUCUCAUUUGGUGUGAUUAUGUGCCAAUUGAUAGCGAGAAUAGAUGCCGAUCCUGAUAGUGGUCUUCACCGAACGAGUAAUUUUGGAUUGGAUUACGUACGCUUUACGCCCUGCUGUCCUCUAGACACUCCAAUUUCAUUUCUCAAGCUGGCUUUUCAUUCCUGUGUUAUGGAUCCAUUGGAAAGGCCGUCCUUCGAAAUGAUUGUUAUAUUGUUACAAAAUGUUAUGAACGUAGUGCCAUCUUCUCCAAGUCAAUUAGAAGGCGAGUCGACGGAAUUGGAAAAUUCCUUUCUCGCGAUGGAAAGGCUUGCGCGCGACGUGGCGCGAGAUGAACCAACCUUAGAUCACACCAAUCCAUUCCUGGAUCACGAACGAUUUCGUAAAGAAAGAAAAAUUCUUCCAAGAAAAGGAAGCCGGCGACGAAGUGAAACGAAGCCGGAACGUGGUCUCUCUGAUGGCAAUUGUCUGGGUGUAGACCAUGUCCGCUUCUCUCCUCAUAGCUCACAUUUUGGUGUUUUCCGUCGGAGGUGCUCGUCACUUCCACCAGAUGUUGAUUCUCCAUUCAUAUCGAGAGAUCUGGUUGACGAAAAAUCUGAGUUCUGUCCUGGAGGAGUACCACUUGUUUAUCGUGAUUUCGACAUGAAGUUUCUGAAACAGAUGAAGCGCUUUCCAUCUCGCCGGCACACGCUGAUACCUGAAUGUGGUACAGUCCGAUCUACCCUCGACUUACAGUCGCUACGGUCAAAUCCUACCUCUUCUAGCUUCCUCCACUCCACUACCGCAACGUUAUCGUCAACAUCUGACGUCAACGGCCCUAGUGUGCGGAUCGAGGAAACUCCAGAUGUACUGUAG